UUUCAUGUCGUGGAAUGGGUCUCGUAGAUGAAUUGGAUAUGGACUUCUACCCUGCUGGACAGAUGAAAGCUUUUAAAAAGAAGCUGGCGGAAGUUCGUGCCUCGCCGCCUUGGAUGAGACCAGUAGUAAAGCAAGCAUCGGAAUGGAAUCCUUACUCCUUCGAAGGAGGGACUACAGCAGCAAUUGCUGGGGAUAAUUUUGCGAUCAUGGCGAGUGAUACACGUAUGUCACAAUUUGAAAUCAAUGUCUUGACUCGAGAUGCUGAGAAGAUCCAUGUUUUAAAUGAUUCAAUUGUGCUUUCAUGUGCUGGAUUUUACGGCGACGUUCUACAGCUGAAACGAUUAUUGGAGGCUCGCCUACACAAGUAUCGAUUCGAUUAUCGCGGAGAUAUGACCGUAGAUUUAUGUGCCGAAUUACUCUCACGGAAUUUAUAUUAUCGACGUUUUUUCCCGUACUACACCGGUGCAAUAUUAGCCGGCAUUGAUGAGAAUGGCAAAGGAGCUGUGUUCAGCUAUGAUCCCAUUGGGUGCAUUGAACACAUCGGGUACACUGCUUCUGGUAGCGCGGAACCAAUGAUCAUGCCAUUCUUCGAUUGUCAGAUUGGUUUGGUGACAGUGUCGGGUGAUGUGGAGAAGCCGCAUUUGACGAUUGAGCGAGCUACUUCUCUUAUAAAAGAUGCGUUUCGUGUGGCAGCAGAACGUGAAAUAAGCACGGGGGACAAGAUACAUCUGGUGAUUGUUGAAGCAGGCAAACCAAUUCGCAAGAUGCAUUUGCCUCUCCGUGAAGAUUAAAUUUACUUAUCAUCAUGUGACUGCAUCAGUGUUCUGUUAUUGAAUUCUUGUGAUCACAGCGAAAAAAGCUUGUAUUCUUACAGAUUAUUUUGAUUCGAUAAGUUGGCUUUCAGUUGCUUAGAUAAAAGUACAUAAUUUUGGUACCUGUUGCGAAUCAGAGUUGUCUAAGCAACAAAUAGCGUUUUCUAAAAUUGGGUUCAUGUUCUUGUGAAUAUUGAGUUGUGUUUCUUGCGCUUUUUAAGAGUGUGUCGGAAAAAUGAAUUCCGUCUUAGAUAAUCUGGAUGAAGAAACAAAUUUCCAUGUGUGAUGUUUUUCAUCAUUUGGUUUUUUGUUUUUUGAAAAUGGAAAGGAUUUAUUGUUUUCUUUUGUUGAAUGAUUGUUAAAUUUAACAUUGGACUCUGUCCUACUAAUUCUAAAUUUUCCAGGUGUCAUACUCAAUUUUCUUCUUUGAGCGAUUCUGACACGAAUAUGGGAGCAAAUGUCUUACUUCUUGUUAGUAUUAACUACUCAUGCACUUUUUUCAAUGAGAUGAAUGUGCUGAAAAAAUUUUGUCUGGAGAGUGAAUAAAUUAUGUAUUUCAUUGCGGCGUAAACGUUAUAUAACUGAUAAGGAUAUUAUUUGUUACUGGG